AUGCUACACCUUUCACAAUGGGAAAUCAAGAUUUCAUCUGCCACGCUGGCUUAUUUGAUGAGGCUUGCAUUGAAGGCAGGGAGAUUAUGUACAGAGGGCCACGAUAUGGAGCUUGCCCGGACUGCAAUGCAACACCUUGCUCAAUAUGACACACAGGCAGAGAGAAUUCAGCAAGAAAACCAGGAUGACAGUGAUGUACAAGAGUGUGUACAGCUGCGCGCAGAAUACUAUGGCAUCCGGGCAGCAUUGUGCUGGAUAGACGAGCAGUAUGACGUUGCAGAACACAUGUACUCAAAGAUGGAGACCCUUCUACCAUCUCUCAACCAUCGUUCUGCGGAGAACUUGGUUGAAGUCCUUUUCGAGAUUGGCUGUCUUCUGAUGGCUAAGAAAGACUUUGUCAUGGCAGUCAAAUGGCUGGGUAGGAGCAACGAUAUCAUCACCAACCAAAGUAUCGACCAGCUCACAGAAGAUGGUAUCAAACUUCGGUUUGCCGUAUCCCAAGCUCAUAUCGCUGCCCUUCUGGGUGUCGAAACUGCGGAAAGCUUUGAGAAGGCCAGAAACCUGGUCGAGUAUAUUGAAAUUGAAGUCGGCAGCCAGCCAUUUGUUCAUAUAUUGAAGCUGGAGCUCUUGAACAAAUCACCUGCCGAGACGUUCGACUGUGAAGCCUACUCUAGCAUUCUGGGAGACCUGAUUAGGUCCUUCAACCACGUUGAAUCAACUUUCAGUGCCUUGAGGAAGCAUAUUGCAAAGCUUCGGGAUAAAAGUCCCAGUCUUGGCAUGAAGCUUUUGGACGAUUUCGUCACAUUUCUACACGAUGCUGGAUUUGACAAGGACGAGACUCUGGACUGGUACGAAAAGCUUGUGGUCUUGCGUGUUAAGAUGACUACGCAAUGCCAUGAAUCCCCCGACCUCCUUAAUACAGCCAAGACAUUCUUCGCCCGAUGCGGACGUCCAUUGGGCACACGAGGUGCAGUAGCAUCUCAAACGCUGCUCUGGAAGAUGCUUGACACAAGAUUCUCGAUGCAAAAGUUCGAUAUGGCGCGAGAAUGGGGUUACAUUGCGUUGCUGCCCAUCUUCCAAGAAGCAGGACCUAAUAAUCGCGUUGCGUUCUUUGCUGAUAACCAGAACAGGAAGCUACUCCUUUGCAAUACAUCCCUGAAUGAGCCGGAGGCAGCCAUGUCUAUCUAUCACUCAAUGUCAGAGCACAGCCAGACGGAUAAGAAAACAAGCUACGUCAUGUUCAAGGUCGCGAUUCGCAACUUGGACCUUGAACUAGCUGUACAGUGCCUGGAGAUUAUGAGCAGCACCAACGACUCUGAGGAUUUGAUCUAUGCUUGUGUACUUGAUGCACAGAAGUCAGGAGAAAAUACUUUUGUUAUCGAAGCCUUGAGAAAGCUGGUUCAAGUGCGCAAGAUUCGACCAAAUGGACCUGUUCACUUACCUGCACUUAUCAGAUGCACCAUCAGGUUCUUGCAGAAGCUGAUAGGUAAAAAUGGUUUAUCUGUUGAUACCAUUAAAGCUACGGUUGUCCAUAUUGUGACGAUAUUCGAGGAAGCGGCAAGAGCCAUCGAACGCAAAGAAACCGGUGCAGAUGGCACGAUGCUCUUUGGCCUUCGAGAGCUGGAGUGGUUUUGCCAGACUGCUUACAACAUUUCAGUAAAGAACGCACAGACUUGGGAUCCCAGAUGUUUGGUUCGAACAUUGGAUGUGUGCAUUAGCGUCAUGGGCCACUUCCCCGAAGACGCGGUGUCUCCUGUGGUUGACGACCUACCCCUCCGGAGGCUCUUUUGCCACUUCAUCAAUGCUUCAGCUCUUACAGCACUUGCACGGUCUCAAAACGACCUUGAAAGGCAGCUUUUGGACUAUCAAGCCGUCCGCAAGAAUGUCGCAGGAUUUGAAGAGGCAUUAGGAACAUGCCGGGAAAGACUUGAAUUACCCGAGACGCAGUACAAAGAGCUACUAAAAAAGCUACAGAUAAUCAUAGUCUUCGACUUUGAAUCUGCGCUGCAUCUCAGGCAGAUAUCGGAACUUGGAGAGAUCAUCCGCCGUGCCUCUGUUUGUAGGAAUGGAGAGACGUUUAAGGCUAUGGCUGACAGUUUGCUGAGGCUACAUACUGCCUCGAAUAUUGCACCGAGGGACUUUUACUCUGCGUUGAAUCUCCUAGUGGAUGAACUUGCUGAGCUCCCAGAUUGCGACAACAUCAAGCUCGCCAGGUACUGUCGAUGCGUCUUUCAAGUACUAAUGGGUAUCGAUACGAAACUUGCCCUCGAAGAACUCCGGUCUAUCUGUGAAAUGGCGAAAAGGGCAUUGGAAACGACAGGUUCUCACUGGCCCUGCGAGGAGCUCGAAUGGAUCGCCGUCAUGGCUUUCAAUCAUGGCAUUGAGGCUUCAGGCCUAAAUGAUGAAGAUGACACACAACCCUGGGUAGAAAUUGCAAUGAGCCUAGCACAUUACAACGGCGACGGUGGCACUUUGGAGACUUCGAUGUAUGAAAGUUAUACUUCGUUUCGCCUAAACCGACAACCGGGUCAAGGCUGA